AUGGCUCCUCGGAUUGAUGCAGUCAGAAGACCCAGAACACCGGCACCAGAACCUCUGCUGCCUCCCUCUGAUUCUGGACAAGAGGGGAAAGAAGAGCAAAUGGACAAUGAACCCAUGGCUGUUGUUGGAGCAGCAGAGGCUGAAGAAAUUAAAUCAAUCCUCAAGAGCUCUGCAAUGGCAGCUGCUGCUGCAGAACCACAACCUAAAGAAGUCUCCUUUCCUGAUGAUGAAAUGCCAAGCACAAGCACUGGCAAAAGAGGCAUUGGGAAAAAAUGCACACAGAAAACAAGCACUGGGAAGAAAAGCUCUGGGGAAACCAGCACAGGGAGAAAAAGCUCAGACCAGCCACGACUGAUAUCCCCACAAACAAGUAUUUACCUCGCUGAUCUCAAGGACAAUGUGAAUGAGGGGAACCCUAUGAAGAAAUACACUUUACAGCAGCAAAUUGGCCAAGGGACUUUUGGAACUGUUUUCCGAGGAGUUGACAUUGCCACAGGAGGACAGGUGGCCAUCAAGAAGAUUUUUCUUGGAGACCAAAAGCAUCAAAGUGAAAAAGCUGUAAACGUAGUUACGGUCCUUAAGAGAAUGAGGCACCCCAAUAUCGUUCGCUAUAUAGACAGCUACCUUUUCAAUGAAGAACUCUGGCUGGUGAUGGAAUAUGUGGAGGGAUGCACCUUAGGCAAUGUCACUUACAAACAAGUUCUUGAGGAAGAGAUGAUAGCCUCUAUCAGUCGGGAGUGCCUGAAAGCCCUGGACUUCCUUCAUUCAAAUCGAGUGAUCCACAGAGACAUCAAAAGUGACAAUAUUCUUCUGGGAAUGGAUGGAUCUGUCAAAUUGAUUGGUUUUGGCUCCUGUGUUUGGCUCCUCCGUUGGCAGACGAAACAGACAUCAGUUCACGGGACUCCUUUCUAUAUGGCACCCGAAAUGUUGAGAAGAGACAGAUAUGAUGCCAAAGUGGACAUCUGGGCCCUUGGGAUGACGGCACUAGAAAUGGUGGAUGGUUCUCCAGAGGCUCAGAACAAGCCACCCGAGCUGGAGAGUCCCAGAGAACUGUCACCUGUGUUCCAUUCAUUCCUGCAUUGUUGCCUGAACCGGAAGGUGAAGCGUCGAUGGACGGCCAGGAAGCUGCUGAAGCAUCCAUUUUUAGAAAAAUCCGAUAGUCUCACCAACAUGAGUCCUCUGAUCAAUGCAGCCAGGAACUCCCGUGCAGAGAGGUUCACAACACCAUCACCAGAACCUCUGCUGGCUCCCUCUGUUUCUGGACAAGAGGGUAAAGAAGAGCAAGCAGAGAAGGAAAAGGUCAAAGCAAAGCCUGAAGGAAUGAAAUCAGGCACAAACGUGACACCAGAACCUCUGCUGGCUCCCUCUCUUUCUGGACAAGAGGGUAAAGAAGAGCAAGUGGACAAUGAACCCGUGGCUGUUGUUGGAGCCGCAGAGCCUGAAGCUAUUAAAUCAGACACAACAGCGACACCAGAACCUCUGCUGGCUCCCUCUGACUCUGGACAGGAGAACGAAGAGGAAGAAGUGAAGAAGGAACCUGUGGCUGUUGGAGAACCUAAGGAUGUGCCACCCGAGCUGGAGACUCCCAGAAAUCCACCGCCAGUGUUCCGUUCCUUCCUGCAGCCUUGCCUGAACGGGCAUGUGAGGCCCCGAUGGCCUACCAGGCUGCUUCUGCAAGCAAAGUGGCUGCAGCAUCCAUUUUUAGAGAAAUCUGAUUGUCUCACCAAGAAGAGUCCUCUGCUCGAUGCAGCCAGGAGAUUCCUUACAGAGAGGGUCACGACACCAGCACCAGAACCUCUGCUGGCUCCCUCUGUUUCCGGACAAGAGGGGAAAGAAGAGCAAGCAGAGAAGGAAAACUUCAAAGCCAAGCCUGAAGGAAUGAAAUCAGGCACAACACCAGCACCAGAACCUCUGCUGGCUCCCUCUCUUUCUGAACAAGAGGGUAAAAAAGAGCAAGCAGACAAUAAACCCGUGGCUGUUGUUGGAGCUGCAGAGCCUGAAGAAAUUAAAUCAGACACAACAGCAGCACCAGAACCUCUUCUGGCCCCCUCUGAUUCUGGACAGGAGGUUGAAGAGAAAGAAGUGGAGAAGGAACCUCUGGCUGUUGGAAAAGAAAGGCCUCAAGGGAUAAAAACAAUCCUCAAGAGGCCUGGUGCUGGUGCAGCACGACAACCUAAAAAAGUCACCUUUGCCAACACUGAAAUGCCAAGCACAAGCACCGGGAAAGGCAACGCUCGGAAGAAGAGCAUUCCAAAGAAAUUCACAGACCGGCCGCCAACGCUGUCCCCACUAACACGACUUUUCCUGGCUGAGCUCAAGGGCAUUGUGAGUGAGGGGAACCCUAUGAAGAAAUACACUUUACAGCAGCAAAUUGGCCAAGGGGCUUGUGGAACUGUUUUCCGAGGAGUUGACAUUGCCACAGGAGGACAGGUGGCCAUCAAGAGGAUUGUUGUUCCCAACAGAAAGUACGAAAGAGAGCUAGUUUUAACUGAGGUUGAACUCUUGAGUAGCGUGAGGCACCCCAAUAUCGUUCGCUAUAUAGACAGCUACCUUUUCAAUGAAGAACUCUGGCUGGUGAUGGAAUAUGUGGAGGGAUGCACCUUAGGCGAUGUCAUUUCCAAACAAGCUCUCGAGGAAGAGAUGAUAGCCUCUAUCAGUCGGGAGUGCCUGAAAGCCCUGGACUUCCUUCAUUCAAAUCGAGUGAUCCACAGAGACAUCAAAAGUGACAAUAUUCUUCUGGGAAUGGAUGGAUCUGUCAAAUUGAUUGAUUUUGGCUUAUGUGCUUGGCUUCACCCCUGGGAGAAGAAACGGAGAUCUUUCAUUGGGACUCCUUUCUAUAUGGCACCAGAAAUGUUGACAGGAGACAAAUACGAUGCCAAAGUGGACAUCUGGGCCCUUGGCAUCACAGCACUACAAAUGGCGGAUGGUCCUACACAGCCUAAGGACAUGCCACCCCAGCUGAAGACUCGCAGAAACCUGUCUCCUGUGUUCCAUUCAUUCCUGCAUUGUUGCCUGAACCAGAAUGCGAAGCAUCGAUGGACGGCCAGGAAGCUGCUGCAGGUAAAGUGGCUGCAGCAUCCAUUUUUAGAAAAAUCUGGUAGUCUCACCAACAUGAGUCCUCUGCUCGAUGCAGCCAGAAGAUUCCUUACAGAGAGGGUCACAACACCAGCACCAGAGCCUCUGCUGGCUCCCUCUGUUUCUGGACAAGAGGGGAAAGAAGAGCAAGCAGAGAAGGAAAACAUCAAAGCCAAACCUGAAGGAAUGAAAUCAAUCCUCAAGAGCUCUGCAAUGGCAGGUGUUGCUGCAGCACCACAAUUUGAAGAAGUCACCUUUGCCAACACUGAAAUGCCAAGCACAAGCACCGGCAAAGGAGACACUCGGAAGGAAAGCAUUCCCAAGAAAAUCAUGGACCGACCACCAAAGCUGUCCCCACUAACACGACUUUUCCUUGCUCAACUCAAGGACAAUGUGAGUGAGGGGAACCCUAUGAAGAAAUACACUUUACAGCAGAAAAUUGGCCAAGGGGCUUGUGGAACUGUUUUCCGAGGAGCUGACAUUGCCACAGGAGGACAGGUGGCCAUCAAGAAGAUUUUUGUUCUCGACAGAAAGAACAUAAAGGAACUAGUUGUAACUGAGGUUGUGGUCCUGAGUUACUGGAGGCACCCCAAUGUCAUUCGUUAUAUAGACAGCUACGUUUUCAAUGAAGAACUCUGGCUGGUGAUGGAAUAUGUGGAGGGAUGCACCUUAGGCGAUGUCAUUUCCAAACAAGCUCUUGAGGAAGAGAUGAUAGCCUCUAUCAGUCGGGAGUGCCUGAAAGCCCUGGACUUCCUUCAUUCAAAUCGAGUGAUCCACAGAGACAUCAAAAGUGACAAUAUUCUUCUGGGAAUGGAUGGAUCUGUCAAAUUGAUUGAUUUUGGCUUCUGUGCUUGGCUUCAACCCUGGGAGAAGAAACGGAGAUCUUUCAUUGGGACUCCUUUCUAUAUGGCACCAGAAAUGUUGAGAAGAGACAGAUACGAUGCCAAAGUGGACAUCUGGGCCCUUGGCAUCACGGCACUAGAAAUGGUGGAUGGUCCUACACAGCCUAAGGACGUGCCACCCCAGCUGGAGACUCGCAGAAACCUGUCGCCUGUGUUCCGUUCCUUCCUGCAGUCCUGCCUGAACCGGAAUGCGAAGCGUCGAUGGACGGCCAGGAAGCUGCUGAAGCAUCAGUUUUUAAAAAAAUCCAAGAGUCUUGACGAGAUGGCUCCUCUGAUUGAUGCAGUCAGAAGACCCAGAACACCAGCACCAGAACCUCUGCUGCCUCCCUCUGUUUCUGGACAAGAGGGGAAAGAAGAGCAAGUAGAGAAGAAAGUUGUCAAAGCAAAGCCUGAAGGAGUGAAAUCAAUCCUCAAGAGCUCUGCAAUGGCAGGUGUUGCUGCAGAACCACAACCUAAAGAAGUCUCCUUGCCCAACACUGAAAUGCCAAGCACAAGCACUGGCAAAAGAGGCAUUGGGAAAAAAUGCACACAGAAAACAAGCACUGGGAAGAAAAGCUCUGGGGAAACCAGCACAGGGAGAAAAAGCUCAGACCAGCCACGACUGAUAUCCUCACUAACAAGUAUUUACCUCGCCGAUCUCAAGGGCAUUGUGAGGGAGGAGAACCCUGCGAAGAAAUACACUUUACAGCAGCAAAUUGGCCAAGGGACUUUUGGAACUGUUUUCCGAGGAGUUGACAUUGCCACAGGAGGACAGGUGGCCAUCAAGAAGAUUUUUCUCCGCGACAGAAAGAACAAAAGGGAGCUAGUUGUAACUGAGGUUUCACUCUUGAGUAGCGUGAGGCACCCCAAUAUCAUUCGCUAUAUAGACAGCUACCUUUUCAAUGAAGAACUCUGGCUGGUGAUGGAAUAUGUGGAGGGAUGCACCUUAGGCGAUGUCAUUUCCAAACAAGCUCUUGAGGAAGAGAUGAUAGCCUCUAUCAGUCGGGAGUGCCUGAAAGCCCUGGACUUCCUUCAUUCAAAUCGAGUGAUCCACAGAGACAUCAAAAGUGACAAUAUUCUUCUGGGAAUGGAUGGAUCUGUCAAAUUGAUUGAUUUUGGCUUAUGUGCUUGGCUUCAGCCCCAGCGGAAGACAUGGAGGUCAUUUUUUGCAACUCCUUUCUAUAUGGCAUCAGAAAUGUUGAGAAGAGACAGAUACGAUGCCAAAGUGGACAUCUGGGCCCUUGGCAUCACGGCACUAGAAAUGGUGGAUGGUCCUACACAGCCUAAGGACGUGCCACCCGAGCUGGAGACUCCGAGAAACCUGUCUCCUGUGUUCCCUUCCUUCCUGCAGCCUUGCCUGAACGGGCAUGUGAGGCCCCGAUGGCCUACCAGGCUGCUUCUGCAAGCAAAGUGGCUGCAGCAUCCAUUUUUAGAAAAAUCCGAUAGUCUCGCCAACAUGAGUCCUCUGCUCGAUGCAGCCAGGAGCUCCCGUGCAGAGAGGUUCACAACACCAUCACCAGAACCUCUGCUGGCUCCCUCUGUUUCUGGACAAGAGGGUAAAGAAGAGCAAGCAGAGAAGGAAAACGUCAAAGCAAAGCCUGAAGGAAUGAAAUCAGGCACAAACGUGACACCAGAACCUCUGCUGGCUCCCUCUCUUUCUGGACAAGAGGGUAAAGAAGAGCAAGUGGACAAUGAACCCGUGGCUGUUGUUGGAGCCGCAGAGCCUGAAGCUAUUAAAUCAGACACAACAGCGACACCAGAACCUCUGCUGGCUCCCUCUGACUCUGGACAGGAGAACGAAGAGGAAGAAGUGGAGAAGGAACCUGUGGCUGUUGGAGAAGUAAUGCCUGAAGGAAUGAAAGCUUUGCCUAAGGAUGUGCCACCCGAGCUGGAGACUCCCAGAAAUCCGCCGCCUGUGUUCCAUUCCUUCCUGCAGUCUUGCCUGAACGGGCAUGUGAGGCCCCGAUGGCCUACCAGGCUGCUUCUGCAAGCAAAGUGGCUGCAGGACACAACAGCGGCACCAGAACCUCUGCUGGCUCCCUCUGACUCAGGACAGGAGAUUGAAGAGGAAGAAGUGGAGAAGGAACCUGUGGCUGUUGGAAAAGUAAUGCCUGAAGGAAUGAAAUCAAUCCUCAAGAGGCCUGGUGCUGGUGCAGCACGACAACCUAAAAAAGUCACCUUUGCCAACACUGAAAUGCCAAGCACAAGCACCGGGAAAGGCAACGCUCGGAAGAAGAGCAUUCCAAAGAAAUUCACAGACCGGCCGCCAACGCUGUCCCCACUAACACGACUUUUCCUGGCUGAGCUCAAGGGCAUUGUGAGUGAGGGGAACCCUGCGAAGAAAUACACUUUACAGCAGCAAAUUGGCCAAGGGACUUUUGGAACUGUUUUCCGAGGAGCUGACAUUGCCACAGGAGGACAGGUGGCCAUCAAGAGGAUUGUUGUUCCCAACAGAAAGUACGAAAGAGAGCUAGUUUUAACUGAGGUUGAACUCUUGAGUAGCGUGAGGCACCCCAAUAUCGUUCGCUAUAUAGACAGCUACCUUUUCAAUGAAGAACUCUGGCUGGUGAUGGAAUAUGUGGAGGGAUGCACCUUAGGCGAUGUCAUUUCCAAACAAGCUCUCGAGGAAGAGAUGAUAGCCUCUAUCAGUCGGGAGUGCCUGAAAGCCCUGGACUUCCUUCAUUCAAAUCGAGUGAUCCACAGAGACAUCAAAAGUGACAAUAUUCUUCUGGGAAUGGAUGGAUCUGUCAAAUUGAUUGAUUUUGGCUUAUGUGCUUGGCUUCAGCCCCAGCGGAAGACAUGGAGGUCAUUUUUUGCAACUCCUUUCUAUAUGGCAUCAGAAAUGUUGAGAAGAGACAGAUACGAUGCCAAAGUGGACAUCUGGGCCCUUGGCAUCACGGCACUAGAAAUGGUGGAUGGUCCUACACAGCCUAAGGACAUGCCACCCGAGCUGGAGACUCCCAGAAAUUCGCCGCCUGUGUUCCGUUCCUUCCUGCAGCCUUGCCUGAACGGGCAUGUGAGGCCCCGAUGGCCUACCAGGCUGCUUCUGCAAGCAAAGUGGCUGCAGCAUCCAUUUUUAGAAAAAUCCGAUAGUCUCGCCAACAUGAGUCCUCUGCUCGAUGCAGCCAGGAGCUCCCGUGCAGAGAGGUUCACAACACCAUCACCAGAACCUCUGCUGGCUCCCUCUGUUUCUGGACAAGAGGGUAAAGAAGAGCAAGCAGAGAAGGAAAAGGUCAAAGCAAAGCCUGAAGGAAUGAAAUCAGGCACAAACGUGACACCAGAACCUCUGCUGGCUCCCUCUCUUUCUGGACAAGAGGGUAAAGAAGAGCAAGUGGACAAUGAACCCGUGGCUGUUGUUGGAGCCGCAGAGCCUGAAGCUAUUAAAUCAGACACAACAGCGACACCAGAACCUCUGCUGGCUCCCUCUGACUCUGGACAGGAGAACGAAGAGGAAGAAGUGGAGAAGGAACCUGUGGCUGUUGGAGAAGUAAUGCCUGAAGGAAUGAAAGCUUUGCCUAAGGACAUGCCACCCGAGCUGGAGACUCCCAGAAAUCCGCCGCCUGUGUUCUGUUCCUUCCUGCAGCCUUGCCUGAACGGGCAUGUGAGGCCCCGAUGGCCUACCAGGCUGCUUCUGCAAGCAAAGUGGCUGCAGCAUCCAUUUUUAGAAAAAUCCGAUAGUCUCGCCAACAUGAGUCCUCUGCUCGAUGCAGCCAGGAGCUCCCGUGCAGAGAGGCUCACAACACCAUCACCAGAACCUCUGCUGGCUCCGUCUCUUACUGGAGAAGAGGAGAAAGAAGAGCAAGUGGAGAAGGAAAACGUCAAAGCAAAGCCUGAAGGAAUGAAAUCAAUCCUCAAGAGCUCUGCAAUGGCAGCUGCUGCUGCAGCACCACAACCUGAAGAAGUCUCCUUUCCCGACAUGGAAAUGCCUCCACUGGCAAAGGAGGCACAGAGUAAACAAUGACUAGGAAAAUAGCCAAUAUCUACUCUGAUCUUUGCAGCCACUUCACUUUUAAAUAAACUUUUGUUGUUAUUCAUA